AUGACCUUCCAUGUCCCUACCCACAACCUGUCAGUUGUGGAUCUGAUCUAUCAAUGGGAGAAAACUGCCAAAUACAAUGACAUCAAGAAAGUGGUGAUGCAGGCACCACAGGAUCCCCUCAAAGUCAUCCUGCGCUACAUUGAAGACCAGGUUGUCUCCUGCUAUUUUCUAGUUAUUUUUAUUAGGCUUUUUAAUAGUGAUAUCUACUCUUCCACCUUCCUUGUUAGGGCUAACAUUGCCUUCAAUGGCCAUUUUGUCAAGCUCAUUUCCUGGUAUGACAAUAAAUUUGGCUACAGCAACCUGGUGGUGGAUUUUAUGGUCCACAUGACCUCCAAGGAGUAA